CCUUCUCAGUCUGCGCCGCCGCCCACCCUCCACUUUUGCAUCUGACCAGAGGACGGAUGAGUGAGACGCUCCCACAAAUUGAGGCAGCAACUUUGCUUUGCUGGUCUCCAGGCUCCGGCAGCAGGAGUGCCCUGCUUCACCGCGGCGUGCGGCCCAUGGAGCAGGAGGAGGAACGGUGAUGGGCUAGUGACAAGAGCCUGGGGUCCGAGCUAGCUCACUGUCACCAGCUGGCUCCGCGUUCCCACCCCGGUUCCCUCCCUCCAGGCCGGCGGGGUGCAGACCCGGAGUAUUCAGGGAGGAUGAAGAGGAGACCCGGCCCGAGUGGGGCGCAUCUCUCGGGCGUGCGACAGCUGCUGUGCUCGGCAUGAAUUAAAAAGCCAAGAAGAUGGAGCGCGGCACACUCCUCGCCCAGCCGGGGCUCUGGAUCUCUGACACCAGCUGGACACUCCUCUAUUUCCUCUGCUUCGUCCUCCCCCCGAUCGCCCCUCAAGUACUCAGGAUCGGAGGGAUUUUUGAAACUGUGGAAAAUGAACCUGUUAAUGUUGAAGAAUUAGCUUUCAAGUUCGCAGUCACCAGCAUUAACAGAAACCGGACCCUGAUGCCUAACAUCACAUUAACCUACGACAUCCAAAGAAUUAACCUUUUUGAUAGCUUUGAAGCCUCACGGAGAGCGUGUGACCAACUGGCUCUCGGUGUGGCUGCUCUGUUUGGCCCAUCCCAUAGUUCUUCCGUCAGUGCCGUGCAGUCCAUUUGCAAUGCUCUGGAAGUUCCACACAUACAGACCCGUUGGAAGCAUCCCUCGGUGGACAAUAAAGACUUGUUUUACAUCAACCUCUAUCCAGAUUAUGCAGCUAUCAGCAGGGCAAUCCUGGAUUUGGUUCUUUAUUACAACUGGAAAACAGUGACCGUGGUGUAUGAAGACAGCACAGGUCUAAUUCGCCUGCAAGAGCUCAUCAAAGCUCCCUCAAGAUAUAACAUUAAAAUCAAAAUCCGCCAGCUGCCCUCUGGGAAUAAAGACGCGAAGCCUUUACUCAAGGAGAUGAAAAAGGGCAAGGAGUUCUAUGUGAUAUUUGAUUGUUCGCAUGAAACAGCUGCUGAAAUCCUUAAACAGAUUCUGUUCAUGGGCAUGAUGACAGAGUACUACCAUUAUUUUUUCACAACCCUGGACUUAUUCGCUCUGGAUCUGGAACUCUAUAGGUACAGUGGUGUCAACAUGACUGGGUUUCGACUGCUGAACAUUGACAGUCCUCACGUGUCAUCCAUCAUUGAGAAGUGGUCCAUGGAAAGCUUGCAGGCCCCACCCCGGCCUGAGACCGGUCUUUUGAACGGCAUGAUGACAACUGAAGCAGCUCUAAUGUAUGAUGCUGUGUACAUGGUGGCCAUUGCCUCCCACCGGGCAGCCCAGUUGACCGUCAGCUCCCUCCAAUGUCAUCGACACAAACCAUGGCGCCUUGGACCCAGAUUUAUGAAUCUGAUCAAAGAGGCUCGAUGGGAUGGCUUGACUGGGCGCAUUACCUUCAAUAAAACAGACGGCUUAAGAAAAGACUUUGACCUGGACAUUAUUAGUCUCAAAGAGGAAGGGACUGAAAAGGCUGCUGGCGAGGUGUCUAAACAUUUGUAUAAAGUAUGGAAGAAGAUUGGGAUUUGGAAUUCCAACAGUGGGCUUAAUAUGACAGAGGGCAACAAAGACCGGUCCAACAACAUCACUGACUCACUGGCCAACCGAACACUCAUUGUCACCACCAUUCUGGAAGAACCCUAUGUGAUGUACAAGAAAUCAGAUAAACCUCUGUAUGGAAAUGAAAGAUUUGAAGGGUAUUGCCUGGAUCUAUUGAAAGAAUUGUCAAACAUUCUAGGUUUCAUUUAUGAUGUUAAGCUCGUCCCUGAUGGCAAAUAUGGAGCACAGAAUGACAAAGGAGAAUGGAAUGGGAUGGUCAAAGAACUCAUAGAUCAUAGGGCUGAUCUGGCAGUGGCUCCCUUGACCAUCACCUAUGUCAGGGAGAAGGUCAUUGACUUCUCCAAGCCCUUCAUGACGCUGGGCAUCAGCAUCCUGUACCGGAAACCCAACGGCACUAAUCCAGGUGUCUUCUCCUUCCUCAACCCCCUGUCGCCAGACAUCUGGAUGUACGUGCUCCUAGCCUGCUUGGGGGUCAGUUGUGUACUCUUUGUGAUUGCAAGGUUUACACCCUACGAGUGGUAUAACCCCCACCCCUGCAACCCUGACUCAGACGUGGUGGAAAACAAUUUUACUUUACUAAAUAGUUUCUGGUUUGGAGUUGGAGCUCUCAUGCAGCAAGGAUCAGAGUUGAUGCCCAAAGCUCUAUCGACCAGAAUAGUUGGAGGAAUCUGGUGGUUUUUCACCCUAAUCAUCAUUUCAUCCUACACCGCCAAUCUGGCUGCUUUCUUAACAGUAGAGAGAAUGGAAUCGCCCAUAGACUCAGCAGAUGACCUGGCAAAGCAAACCAAGAUAGAAUACGGGGCAGUCAGAGACGGAUCAACAAUGACCUUCUUCAAGAAAUCAAAAAUAUCCACUUAUGAGAAGAUGUGGGCUUUUAUGAGCAGCCGACAGCAGACCGCCCUGGUUAAAAACAGUGACGAAGGAAUACAGAGAGUGCUCACCACAGACUAUGCCUUGCUGAUGGAGUCCACCAGCAUUGAGUAUGUUACACAGAGGAACUGCAACCUCACUCAGAUCGGGGGCCUCAUUGACUCCAAAGGUUAUGGAGUGGGAACACCUAUCGGCUCUCCUUACCGGGAUAAAAUCACGAUUGCUAUUCUUCAACUACAAGAAGAAGGCAAGCUGCAUAUGAUGAAAGAGAAAUGGUGGCGGGGAAAUGGCUGCCCCGAGGAAGAGAGUAAGGAGGCCAGUGCCCUGGGAGUGGAAAACAUUGGGGGCAUCUUCAUUGUCCUGGCCGCCGGGCUGGUCCUUUCCGUCUUUGUAGCCAUUGGAGAAUUUAUAUACAAAUCACGGAAAAACAAUGACAUUGAGCAGGCUUUUUGUUUCUUUUAUGGACUGCAGUCUAAGCAAACCCAUCCAACCAACUCCACUUCUGGAACCACUUUAUCUACGGAUUUAGAAUGUGGCAAAUUAAUUCGAGAGGAGAGAGGGAUUCGGACACAGUCCUCAGUUCAUACUGUGUAAUCAGUUU